GAAAACAUCACGUGACUGUAAAUAUGGCUACCUCUGCGUAGUCCAUGUAUAUUAGUGUGUUCAUCGUGCCUGUCAGUAAUGUUCCGACUACGUCCAUCAAUAGUUAACAGGUACAAGAGUAUUGCCUGCAAAAGCACAACUGCCCCGAUGACCUCAGAGUUGCAGGAACUGGGACCACAGGCAGCUGCCAUUCCGUUUGCUCAUGCCAAACUCGGGCCUUUCUUCCAAGACAAACCGCAGUUGCACAAUCAAUUCACAGAAGAUACAACUCUCCGCAGCUAUCUCAGAAGGCACAUACCUUCACAGCAUUUGCCAGCCAUUGAAUCGGAUCUUGAGAGAUUUGGUGGCCGAGUCGCAACCGAUGUGUAUGACCUUCACCUGCAAUGUGACAAGGAGCUUCCACAGUUAGAGCAGUUUGAUGCCUGGGGUAGACGAGUUGACCGCCUCAUCACAUCCUCAGCAUGGAAGGCCAUGCAUGACAUUUCAGCCGAGGAAGGCCUCGUUGCCAUAGCGUAUGAGAGGGAGUAUGGAGAAUGGAGCCGCUUGUACCAGAUGGCCAAGAUGUACUUGUACUGCCCCUCAGCCGGGCUAUACAGCUGCCCCCUGGCUAUGACGGAUGGAGCUGCCAAGAUCAUCGAGACCGUGAAGGAUCAGCAUCCCUGGUUGAUGGAACGAGCAUAUGGACGACUGACCACCCGAAGUCCAAGUGAAUUCUGGACAUCAGGACAGUGGAUGACAGAGAGAAAAGGAGGCUCUGAUGUUGCUCGUGGCACUGAGACAUUAGCCGUGCCAAACGAUGAUGGUAGCUAUUCACUCCAUGGUUAUAAGUGGUUCUCCUCGGCAACAGAUGCUGAUAUCACCUUCACCUUGGCUCGGUACAACGGUGUUCGACUGUAUAUGUUAAAGGGUACACAAGGCUUGUCUCUCUUCUAUCUGGAGCUCAGAGAUGACAAGGGGGUGCUCAAUAGCAUUCAGCCUCAGAGACUGAAGAACAAGCUGGGGACAAGACAGGUGCCAACUGCUGAACUUCUGCUUGAUGGUACACGUGCUGCAAAGGUUUCUGAGGAAGGACGUGGUGUGGCCUCCAUCGCAGGCAUGCUGACGCUGACUAGAAUCCACAAUGCCAUGUCUGCGGCAGGUUACAUGAGACGUAUUGUCAACCUCGCCCGGGACUACAGCACACGCAGAAAUGCCUUUGGAAACCACAUCAAAAACUACCCUUUGCAUGUCCAGACUCUGGCAAGGCUAGAGGUGGAAGCCCGUGCAGCCACUUUACUGACAUUGGAGGUAUCUCGACUCCUAGGGUGGGAUGAUGUUGGCAUCGCCACAGAUGCUGAAACUCAGUUGCUGAGACUUCUGACUCCCUUAGCUAAACUGUACACAGGAAAACAGGCAAUGUCUGUCGCAUCUGAGGGGCUGGAGAGUUUCGGAGGUCAAGGUUACAUUGAGGACACAGGUCUGCCAGGGAUUUUGCGAGAUGCUCAGGUACUGUCUAUUUGGGAGGGCACAACCAAUAUCCUGUCUCUUGACGUGCUGCGAGCUAUCACCAAGUCUGGAGGCUCUGCUCUAAAAGUGUACCAUGAGAACAUCCAGACAAGACUAGCAACGGCCAGAGUUAAUGAGGCUCUCAAGUCUGCUGUGGAGAGAGUGAACGAAGCCUCAGGCAACACCAUCAGUUUUGCUGGAAAACACUCUGACCUACUGGAGUUAGCGGCAAGAGAUUUUGCCUACAGUCUGUCCAGGACAUUCAUGGGUGCUCUGCUGGUGGAGCAUGCUGCAGCCGAGGGGGCCACAGAUAUGGAUGUAUAUGCUGCACAGAGGUGGUGUGAAGCAGACCUGAGCCCUGUGACGACUGCCCUGAAGGCAGGAGCUUACACUGGCAGGGCUGUGGAUGCCAACUUCCGCCUGGUGUUUGAUGGCUACCCUCACCCCAGUCGCUUGUGAAGACAACCUUCCCCAGGCUGAGGUACCGUGAUAACCUGGACAUACUGGGCAUGGCCCAGCACGGUGAACAUCUCUCAGGAACACAUAUAGCACAGGAUUUGUAUUCUGUAGGAUCAUAUGUUGAUCACUGACAUGACUUAAUGGUUUGCACUUACUACUUUUAUAGAGAACAGCCUCUCUUGCCUCAGGACACUUGGUUUUCUACAUUAAAAACGCUGGAUAUGCCUCA